CCUUGGACCGCACCGACUGACCCCGCGCACGGCUGGAGUCCCAGGCGUGGAGUCGCAGCUAACGCUCCCGCAGACCCUGCUUCUCCCGUGGCAGUUUCGAACUCGUCUUUGGAGAGACGUGGCAACUUUCUUUACAGCGAGCCUGAGGAGGUGAUGGGCCGUUCCCGGGGUGCCCGCGGGGAGGCGGCACCGUGAGCGUCCUCCUGUGCGGAGAUCGGUGCUUCGACUUGGAUGCGCAGACUUCACUGCCGGCUGUAGUCGAUGGCUGUCCCUCCAAGAUGAGCAAGGUUGAUGUGACGUGACAGGCGAUACCGGUGUGUGGGGAUGGGUCUUUCAAGCUAAGAUAAUUUUUUAGAACGGCAGAAAUGGUUGGUCCUAGCUACAAAUGGGAAUUUGGAGUCACUCUGAAAUACGUCCUGAAAUAAUUGUGUUUGACUGGAACGAAAUCAUAUGAAGUCUCCAAGGAUGAGAGUCUGUGCUAACUCAGUAUUGCUGUCACACUGGCUGUUGCUGGCCUACCUGUUAAUGGUGUGCUGUAAGCUGAUGUCCGUCUCGAGCCAGCACCUCCGGGGACACGCAGGUCACCACCAAAUCAAACAGGGGACCUGUGAAGUGGUUGCUGUGCACAGGUGCUGUAACAAGAACCGUAUAGAAGAGCGAUCCCAAACAGUGAAGUGUUCUUGCUUCCCAGGGCAGGUUGCUGGCACAACUCGGGCUCAGCCUUCUUGUGUUGAAGCAUCUAUCGUGAUUCAGAAAUGGUGGUGUCACAUGCAUCCUUGUUUGGAAGGAGAGGAUUGUAAAGUGCUGCCAGAUUACUCAGGUUGGUCCUGUAGCAGUGGCAACAAAGUCAAAACUACGAAGGUAACACGGUAGCAAAGAGAGGUGUGCUUCAACCUGGAGGAGCUACAAGAUGCCAAGCUCUUUUGUUUGAAUUACUGUCCUGGCCACUUUGUGGAAAACUGUGUUGGAUUUCCAGCAACAUCAUACGUGCAUAUGUGUGCCGUAAGGAGGAGCUUUCACUUAACGGUCCCAGCCCUCCCCUCUGUUCUUCAUGAUUUUAUUACAUUGAACUGUAACCACAGGCUGCCACACAACUGACAUCCUAUCCAGAUCCCAAAGAACAUACCUCUAAGAAAUCCUGGAGGAACAAACCACAGACUUCAGAAUGGAUCACCACUAAAGGAAUAUUGGGUCUUCAAUUUCUUUCUCAAUGUGGACAUAGGUUUGACAGGGUCCUCAUUCUUUCCUCUUUUGAACUUUUCCUUUAGCCUUUGCAUUAAAGUGGUUUGAAAUAGGUCUAAAUAACAAAACAUUUUGGCAAAACAUAUUUGUGGAUGUAGGUUAAUAAAUUCUGAUAAAAUGGUCAUGAAAAUUUAUUUUAUAAACAUUGAAGAAUAGCAGAACUUAUUGGGGUUAUUUUGUAUGCAUUUUUGUUUGCUUUUGAUUUAAGAUUUUUGUAUUUUAAUUUCCAUUGUUACAUUAGAAGAAAUAAAAUGUAAGCAUUUUAAUUUCAGUGCACCAUUUUGCUGAGUGCUAAGAAAGCAUAUGAACGUUGAUAUUUUAUAACCAAAGCUCUCUCAUGACAUAUUCACCAAGAAAUAAAACCUGUUGGGAUUUUUAUGGCUAAGGUGUAGUCAUAGAAAACAUUUAAAAUAGAAAACAGUCUCUGUUUAGAUCAAGGGUGAUUUCUUAGGUCCAGUUUAUGUCAAUUAUAUUAAAAUAUUUUGUUUGCUCCUAGACAAGAGUCUUGAAAUGCUGAAUUUUUAGACUGUAAAUGAUUUAUUCUUAACUUAGCUCUUUACCUGCUUAUUUGUUAAUAAUUUUAUUUAAAUGUAAGUAAAAUCUGAGGUUUUUUGUCUUGGUUUAAUGAUUUUUGUAGCUGAUGUGUCUCCACAUAUUCUUAGAAAGCUGUCAUGCAGAAAAACAUUACAGAUGAAAAGCAACUGACCCAGAUUUUAAAUGCAUAAUGUUAUUAAAACGCAUACUACUAUAAUAAUAUGGGAUAGAUUUUAUAUGUAGUAAGAAA